UUCCGCUUGCAGCAGCACGCAGCAUGAUCUACCUCGACUACAACGCGACGACGCCCGUCGACAAGCGCGUCAUAUCCGCGCUGACGCAGUGCUUGGAAGAGACAUAUGGGAACCCGUCGUCGACACACCAGCUCGGGCAGGCGGCGAAAGCAGCACUGGGUACCGCCCGCGCACAGGUCGCCGCGCUUCUCGGCUGCCCAUCGGACGCGAUCCUCUUUGUCUCGGGCGGUACCGAGUCGAUCAACUACGUACUCAAAGGCAUGCUGGCGUCGCAUCCGGCGCAGCGCCAUAUCAUCACGUCGGCCGUCGAGCACGUGGCCGUGAGCGCGACCUGUGCGUUCCUCGCGGAGACGCAUGGCUUUGAGAUCACGACGCUUCCGGUCGACGCGCUCGGUCGCGUGGCCGUCGACGACGUCGUCGCCGCUGUGCGGCCGACAACGUGCUUGGUCUCGAUCAUGCACGCCAACAACGAGGUCGGGACCAUCCAGCCCAUUGGCGCGAUCGCGGCUGCCGCCCGCGCCCGCCACGCCGAGCUCUUGGUCGACGACACGCGCGGCUUGAGUCCACUGCUACUGCACACGGAUGCGAGCCAGUCGAUCGGCAAGAUCCCGGUCGACGUCGAGACCCUGAACGUCGACUUUCUCACGGUGGCUGGCCACAAGCUGUAUGCACCCAAGGGCGUCGGUGCGCUGUACAUUCGACCCGGCACACGGCGACUGCAGACGCUCAUGCACGGCGCUGGCCACGAGAACGGGCUCCGCGCCGGCACCGAGAACAUCCCGUACGCCGUCGCCUUGGGCACAGCGUGCGCUUUGGCGCAGGACUACUUGGCGUUGCACCCGCGUGCGCUCUGGAAUCUGCGUUCUGCGCUGUAUACGCAGCUCCACGACAAGCUGUCGGAUAUUGACAUGGCCGUCAACGGCCCUACCACCGAGCACGAUGUAUUACCCAACACGCUCAGCAUCGGUUUUGCCAACGUCCAAGCGAGUGCGCUCUUGCGAUCGAUCGAAGACCGCGUCGCCGCGAGCGCGGGCUCGGCCUGCCACAGCCACACGACGAGCAUCUCGGCCGUGCUCCGCGCCAUGCACGUGCCAUCGACGUACGCGAUGGGCACGCUGCGACUCUCGGUCGGCCGCGAGACGACGCUCGACGAGAUCGACAUGGCGUCGACCGUCAUUGCCGACGGCGUGCGCCAGCAGCUGCAAAAGAAGCGCCGCAUCGAGUAACAACCUACAUGCCAAUAGAGAACAUGUCAAUAUCGUCG